AUGACCCCCGGACUCGAGGCAAGCGGGGACCAGCCAUCGGAAAUGCAGCUGGCAGGACGGCUGGCCCUCUCAGCCGCUGCUUUCCUCUUGCUGGCUUUGGCGUACAGGUACUAUAAGUCCCGGGUGUCCGGCAGCAGCCGACAGGGAGUCGACGGGGAACGAGGUGAGGCUGGCAAGAAUGCAGAGGAAAAGGAGAGCUUGCAUUGUGGUGGGGCAGGCAGAGAGGAAGAGCUGCCCCCGGGGCUGAGGCACAGGCGGGUCAAUGGUACAGGGGCGAAGUCAAAUGGCAGAGCCGGCCCUGCCGCCAUGGGGAAAUGCAGGCUGCAAGGUACACCUGUCGGGAGAGAGCUGGCUGAGGGCAAAGAGGAGAAGGAACAGGAGAGGGGGAGAAUGAAUGGCCUGGGGACUGGAGAAGAGUCAGGCAAAACAUGCCCGGUGGCAGAAGCCAUGGAAAAGAAGGAAAACAAAACUUUGGGUGCCAUCCUCAGCAACAGAGGCGGGGCCAGAGCUACCAGCGGCACAGCAGCCAUGGGGUCAAAGGGCAGGUCGGCUUCUCCAGAUUUGCUCGGCCCGGGGGGCGGCAUCUGCAAUUGUAACGGCAGCCAUAAGGGACCCGGCCGGGAUUCUGGCUCUGUGAAAGCUGAACUGGGCCUGGUCCCCCAGGAGAAGGAAAGAGGAGAGAGAGAGCCUUAUGCCGCAAAUGGGAACGGAUCCACCUUGGAAGGAGGGAAAGAGCAGCCACCUGGAGAAGGGCUGAUGCAACAGGUAGCCCGGAUCCAAAAGCAACAGGGGAGUUCCCAGUUGUCAUUCCGUGCCACUUCUGACAUGGGCCUGGAGAUCAGCCAGAGCCACGCACGGUUGGACACUGCACACACGUUCUUUUCCGUUGCAGAAGUCCGAGUGGAGGAGAGCCUCAUUAAAGAGGGAAGGGGUGCAGAGAGAAGCAACGGGCAACCAGAGAUCCCUGGGCCCAACCUGAGAGGCAAAGUCUAUGACUACCACAUUCAGUCUGUCUCCCAGUCGGUCUUGAAGGAAAAGCCCUCGUAUGCAAGCCUGGGCACCCAACCAUACCCCAAGCUACCUGCAAUGGACAUGCCCAAGGACCCAGAGGAGAGGCUGAAUGAGGAACCAGCCCACACUUCAUCGACAGAAGAGGAGGAGGAAAGAACAGCCCUUCAGGAAGGUCCAUCUCCUGGCUCUCUUCUGAGUCUUACACAGGAUGAGGCAAAGCCCAGCCAGAACGAAGCUGUUGUCCAAGCAAAGAGCUCCAAGAAGCCUCCAGAAACUGGAGGCUGCUUCAGCCGGAAGGACAGCCUGCACAAAAUCAUAGAUAACCCAGAGCUUCAGGUCCCGAUGGAAGGAUUUGGCUGUCUGGCAUCUGGAUCGUCAGCCUUUGACACGCCACCUCUCAGCCCCCUUCGUUCCAGCUCUGUUUCUUCACUGGUCGGAUCUAUGCAGAGCCUCCAAAGCGAGACGAGCGAGGAACCCGUGGUGGAGCUUGUGGCUGGCGCCAAGUUCUUCCACGUCCCACUGAGCUCAGAGUCCUCCAUAGAUGUCCACCUGGACUUAGGGAACUGCUACGAGGUCUUGUGCAUGGCCAAGAAGCAGAAGCUGGAGAGUCUCCGGGAGGCAGCCUAUAAGGUCAUGAGUGACAACUACCUCCACGUGCUCAGGACCUACGCUAUCUACAGCCGUCUCAAUGCCAUGGAGAGGGACCUGAUCCUGCAGAGGAGGAUGCGGGGGAGGAAGUACAUGACUGUGGCAGAUGUCAGCUCACAGGAUCAUAGCCAACAUGCGAGCAGACUCUGCUACUACGAUGACCAGAAGGAUACUUGGCACCCACUGACGUACGUCCCUCUGGAAGCUGUAUCCAGGGGCUGUGCUAUGUGCAGCAUGUUCAAUUACCUCUUUGUGGUGGCUGGCUGUGAAGGGCGGGGGAAGCACCAGAAGCCAUCCAACCGGGUCUUCUGCUAUAACCCCGUAACCAACAUCUGGCGGGAGAUCUGCCCUUUGAACCAAGCCAGGCCCCAUUGUAAGCUGGUGGCCUUAGAUGGCUGCCUCUACGCCAUCGGCGGGGAGUGUCUCUACACCGUUGAACGGUACGACCCGCGACUGGAUCGCUGGACCUUCAUCGCCCCUCUGCCCAAUGACACCUUUGCUGUGGCCCACACCGCUACCGUAUGUGAUGGAGAGAUCUACGUCACGGGGGGCACCUUGCGCUACAUGCUGUUAAGAUACACUGGCCGUUCAGAUACCUGGAAGAUCAGCCUUACUGGCGGGAGCAAACACAGGACCACCGAGAUGGCAACUGUCAAUGGUUUCAUCUACCGCUUCGACCUGAACCGGAGCAUGGGCAUCAGCGUUUACCGCUGCAGUGCCAGGGCCAAGCUUUGGUACGAGUGUGCUACCAACCCCAUACCCUUCCCAGCUUGUUUCCAGUGUGCCGUUGUCGAAAAUCUGGUCUAUUGCGUCAGCCGCCAGUUCAAUAUCCGCUUCCUUGCCGAUUACAUCUCACCACGGUUCGGGACCAAGGAGUUACAAAAUUUCCCUUCCCCGAGAGGGACUCUUUUCCCUGUUACUCUCGUGCUGCCAGACAAAGAAGUGGUGCAGACAAGGGUCUGA